AUGCGCAACUUGGGUCAGCUAUCGCUGGGCUGGCCAGCUCUGUUGUGUAUAUGCACUGUAUUCUCUUCGCUUUUCACUCCUGCUGUUGCGGUAAAGGAAAACGAUUUCAAGAAGUGCCACCAGUCGGGCUUCUGUAAACGAAACAGAGCAUAUGCCGACACUGCCGUUGCCCAAGGUUCAUCAUGGGUAGCACCAUACAAGAUCCCCUUCGAGCUGGCCUCGUUCAAGGAUGGUCAAUUUCAAGCGACCGUAUUGAAGACGAUUGACGACCAAGGCACCACCGCCGAAUUACCCAUUAUCAUCUCCUUCCUCAAGUCCGGCACCGCCCGAGUCACGGUCGACGAACAGGUCAGAAAAGAGAAAUCUAUCGAUCUCCGACACAACAGUGGUGCCAGGAAGGAGCGCUACAAUGAAGCAGAGAAGUGGGCAAUCGUUGGUGGACUGGCUGUCGACACCAAUGCCAAGGUCUCGCACGAAGGCAAGACAGGAAUGAAGAUUCAAUACGGUCCCGACUUCACAUUCGAAGCCGACAUCAGAUUCGAACCCUACUCCAUUGAGUUCAAGCGAGGUGGGGAGUCCCAGAUCAAGCUCAAUGAUCGAGGGUUGAUGAACUUGGAACACUGGCGCCCCAAGGUCGAGAAACCAGCACCCGAAAAGAAAGAGGGUGAGGAAGGCGAAGAGGAGCAGAAAGACGAGGAGAACAAGGAGGACACUGUUGCAGUCAACCCUUCAGAGGAUGAAAGCACUUGGUGGGAGGAGACUUUUGGAGGCAAUACCGACUCGAAACCCCGUGGUCCUGAGAGUGUUGCUCUCGACGUUACCUUCUUCGGCUACGAACACGUCUAUGGUAUCCCAGAGCACUCCGGGCCGCUUUCGCUAAAGGAGACCAGAGGCGGCGAUGGCGCCCAUACCGAACCCUACCGCCUGUACAACUCGGAUGUAUUUGAGUACGUUCUGGACAGCCCGAUGACCUUGUACGGCGCCAUCCCAUUUAUGCAGGCCCAGCGCAAAGACUCGACUGUUGGUGUAUUCUGGCUCAACGCUGCCGAGACCUGGAUCGACAUCACCAAAGCCAAGGAAUCCAAGAACCCAUUGUCGCUAGGCAUCGGAGCCAAGACGAAUACCCACACGCACUGGAUAUCUGAAUCUGGACUGAUGGAUGUCUUUGUUUUCCUUGGUCCUACUCCCAAGCACGUGACCAAGAGCUAUGGGGAGCUGACUGGGACGACUGCCAUGCCCCAGGAAUUCUCCAUCGGUUACCACCAGUGCCGGUGGAAUUACGUCUCGGAUGAUGAUGUCAAAGAGGUCGAUCGUAAGAUGGACCGUUACAAGAUUCCAUACGACGUAAUCUGGCUCGACAUUGAAUACACCGACGACAAGAAGUACUUCAGCUGGGACUACGACAUGUUCAAGGAUCCGAUGGCCAUGGGUCAACACCUGGACGAACAUGGUAGGAAGCUGGUAGUAAUCAUCGACCCCCACAUCAAAAACGUGGGCGGCUACUCGGUCUCUGACGAGCUCAAAUCCAAGGGCUUGGCCGUCAAGAACAAGGACGGCAAAGACUUUGACGGCUGGUGCUGGCCUGGCUCUUCAAUGUGGGUCGAUUGCUUCAACCCGGCCGCCACCAAGUGGUGGUCUUCCCUAUUCAACUACGACAAAUUCAAGGGCACCAUGGAGAACACCUGGCUCUGGAAUGACAUGAACGAACCAUCGGUGUUUAACGGACCUGAGGUCACCAUGCCAAAGGACAACCUACACCAUGACAACUGGGAACACCGUGAUGUACACAACAUAAACGGCAUGACCUUUCACAAUGCCACCUUUGAGGCUCUCAUGUCUCGUAAGAAGGGCGAGCUCCGACGCCCAUUCGUCCUGACUAGAUCAUUCUAUGCCGGCUCGCAGCGUCUUGGCGCAAUGUGGACAGGCGAUAAUCAGGCUAGCUGGGAGCACCUGGGUGCAGCCGUCCCAAUGAUUCUCAACCAGGGUAUCUCAGGCUUUCCCUUCGCCGGUGCUGAUGUCGGUGGCUUCUUUGGUAACCCCGAGCAGGAGUUGCAGGUCCGUUGGUACCAAGCUGGCUCGUUUUACCCAUUCUUCCGUGGGCAUGCCCACAUUGACGCUCGUCGACGGGAGCCCUUCAUGCUUGCGGAACCCUACCGGUCUAUCGCUACAGCAGCUCUCCGCCUCCGUUAUACUCUACUUCCUUCCUGGUACACUGCAUUCUAUCAGGCCAAUCAAGAUGGUAGCCCCGUCAUUCGCCCAAUGUAUUGGACUCAUCCAAGCGAAGAGGCUGGCUUUGCCGUAGACGACCAAUUUUUCCUUGGUUCGACCGGUAUCCUGGUCAAGCCCGUUGUCGAACAGGAUAAGAAUACCCAAGAGAUUUAUAUUCCCGAUGACGAAGUGUACUACGACUACUUCACCUACAACAAACUCUCUACGACGAAGGGCAAGAACUUGACCGCGGAAGCACCACUUGAGAACAUCCCCAUCCUCAUGCGAGGAGGUCACAUCUUCCCUCGGCGCGACAUACCGCGCCGCUCUGCCCAACUGAUGAAAUUCGACGACUACACUCUUGUGGUUGCGCUCGACAAGCAUGGACGCGCGGAGGGUGAGCUGUAUAUUGACGACGGCGAUUCAUUCGACUAUGAAAAGGGGCAGUAUAUCCACCGAACCUUCAAGCUAAACGGAUCAACGUUGGCGUCUACAGAUGCCGAAGGUCGUGGAGCCAAGAGCGUGAAAGAGGGUGACUGGCUGAAACGUAUGCACAACGUGGCCGUCGACAAGGUUAUCAUCGUCGGCGCCCCUGCGUCGUGGUCCAAGAAGAAGGAAGUCCAGGUGGAGGCUGGUGGAAAGAAGUCCACAGUCAAGCUUGAGUACUUCAAGGCGGAUGGUAGUCGAGCUGCGUUUGCGAUCUUGGGACGUGUCGGAGCCAGUAUCGGUGCUGACUGGACUGUUGACUUCUCCUAG